CUCAAUUCCCAGACUUCAUCUGAACUCGUCAUUCUUCAUCGAUGGCUAAUCCCAAAAUGGUUGCCCUUACAAUCAGAAAAAGCCUAUUUGUCAUCACUUUGGCCGGAGUUUUAGCCGGCGGGCUGCUGCCAGAUUCUGCAAUGGGUCAGAACUGUGGCUGUGCAUCAGACCUCUGCUGUAGUCGGUGGGGGUAUUGUGGCACCAGCGACGAUUAUUGCGGCACCGGAUGCCAAGAGGGUCCUUGCUAUGCUGCACCUCCUACUAACGAUGUAAUGGUGGCUGAUAUUGUAACAGAAGACUUCUUUAAUGGGAUAAUUAGUCAGGCCGACUCAUCUUGCGUUGGCAAGAGCUUCUAUACUCGUGAUGCUUUCCUUGAAGCUCUUAAUUCGUAUACAAGCUUUGGUAGGGUUGGAACAACCGAUGACUCUAAGCGCGAGAUCGCCGCCUUUUUCGCACAUGUAACUCAUGAGACUGGACACUUCUGUUACAUAGAAGAGAUUGAUGGUGCUUCCAAGGACUACUGCGAUGAGACAAGCACAGAGUACCCAUGUGCCGCUGACAAGGGUUACUACGGCCGUGGACCGCUCCAGCUAUCGUGGAACUAUAACUACGGUUCAGCAGGAAAAAACAUAGGAUUUGAUGGGCUAAAUUCUCCUGAAACUGUGGCUAACGAUGUUGUGAUUUCAUUCAAGACAGCAUUGUGGUACUGGAUGAACAAUUGCCACUCAAUUAUAACUUCUGGUGAAGGGUUUGGGCCAACAAUCAGAGCCAUUAAUGGUGCACUUGAAUGUGAUGGUCAAAACCCUGCAACUGUGCAAGCUCGAGCUCAGUAUUACACAGAGUAUUGUGAUCAAUUUAGUGUGUCACCUGGUGACAACCUCACUUGCUAAUAUAUUACACAUUUUUUUCUUUGGGUAACU